GCGCGAGAAAUCUUCAGAGGGGGCAAAGCCCUUCGUCUAAUAAAACCGAUAGACAGUAAGAAUGGAAACAUUAUUUUGUAGUUCUCGUUUAACACAUUUGUGCCAAUUUCAAUAUUUUUACGUGGUGUCAUGUUAAUAUAAAAGUAGAAUUUUAUGAAAUAUUGUAUGUGACAUUUACAAUGCUACAAAGAUCCAACCAAAAAUUAAUUUUUAUGAUAUUUUACUUUAAAACAUAAGAAAGUGAUAGAUUCGAAUACUAUGUGAUUUACAUGAAUGAGCACCGACAAGACUGAUUAUGAAACAAAAUAUAUUACUAUAAUUUAUGUAAUUACUUCAUUACUAAAUACAAAACAAGAUUAUUAUUGAAAUUAACAGUAUUAUUGUAAACAAUUCUGUUAUUUGCUACUAGUUUUGUAAGAGUGAUUAAAGGACAUAAGUGAAAGUAAUUACAAGAUUAUACUAGCAUGAUCUAUAAAUAAUGCAGAGGAUAUUUAUAGAAUUAUGACUUAUAAUUGGGUCAAUCAUUAAGAAAUUUAGAAAAGCCGAAAGAUUAAAAAAUUUGUAAUACAUUUUUGAGCAGAAUCUUAUUAAUGAAAUACAUUAAAAUAAAUAGUGCAAGAUCAAGAUAUAAGUUUAUUUUAUUUCUAUAUAUACCAAAGUAUUAUUGCCAAGGUUUUUAUAUUAUCUGAUUUCACAAUAACUUUAAAAUACUGUGUACAAUGCUGAUGUUAUAUAAUUUAUUCAUCUAAUACGAAUUAUAAGUAAAAAUUAUUUAAUAAAAAACAGAUUAUGAAAUGAUUGCUAAGUAUGUUCUUUUAAUAUAAGUGAGUUUCAAUGUGAAUAAAAGUUUGUACAUAUGGGUUUUACAAAGAUAUUAAAACGUUUGCUAUAUGCAAAUUUUGCAUCAUGCAGUUCUAAAACAUUAGGAAUACUAGCACCAUUAACAAUCCCACCAUUGCAUAUUGCAUUUUUGUACUACUUUUGGCAAGAAUAUUCAAGAGACGUAGACAAACAGUAUUGUUCUUGUUCAUGUUGGGACACAGUAUUUAAGGGAUCAUAUGAGUCUGGCAUUGCCUCUUAUAAACAUAUGUAUUUUAAUGCCACAUCGAAUACAUUAAAGAUAUGGAUUACAAUUGUAAUUGGAGUUAUUACUUUCUAUGAAGUAGUGAAACAUUUAACAUGGUUAGCUUUUCAUAAUCGCCUUAGACUUUCUAUGAUGAUCCUUUUUUUAACUGCUAUUUUCUCACAUUACUAUACUUGGUGGGUUUAUAUGAAUUAUUGGAAUGAUGAGUUCUAUUCGCAAUGGUACCAUCAAUUGUUUUUCUCUGUCACUGAGCUGAUUUCUACUUUCCUGGUUGUUCAUCUGGCAGAUAAUAAAAAUCCAGUAACUCAUAGAAAAGCAUUUGGUAUAGCUGCAAUAGCUAUUUUACAUAUUUUAGCAGGUGGUUGGGAUCAAUUUGUUGCCAAUGUUUUCAGAGGAGAAGGACAUGCACAUCAGGUUGUACGUGAUCUUGGAUUUAUGAUCCCAGAUAUUCUUCAUGUUGCUAUUUCAUUAUGGACAGUUAAGUGGGAACAUAUAUAUAAUCUUCCCGGUUCUGCCAAACGAGAUCCUAGUAUCAAAAGAGAUCUAGCUUAUAUGUUGGGGAUGAUAUGUAUAGGAUUAUGCAUUUGUGCCAUAUUGUAAUUCAGUCAUUAUAAUGCCUAAAAAUAGUGUCUUAAAGAUGAAAUGAUUGUUUAAUUUAACUUAUUUUCUUAUACCAAGUUUUGAAAGAUCUACAUCUAUAAAUGAAUAUUAGUGAAAAAAUAUAUAUGUACACAUAUACAGAAAGUGCAAAAGAUUUGGGGAAAAACUUCAGGAGCAUAUAGUACUCAUCAAAACAAGCAAAAAGGUCUUAAUAAAUGUAGGUCCAAAAACUGUUAUUAUUAUUAUUAUUAUUAUUUAUUAAACUAUUGUUAUUAUUAUUAUUAUUAUUUUGGAGUUGCGAGAUGUUUUUGUCAAUAAGAUAUUAACUCUAAAGCAUAUGUUCAAUAUGCCACCUGUUUAUUUACACAUACAAAAACACACCCAUUUGGGCACAUCUUUUCCUAGCACAUCAAUUACUCGCAUUUUUCUUAUCUCUUACAUUGAUUUCUUAUAAAACUGUAUUAUUAUACACUAAACAUCUCAUAAUUCCAAAACUAAUGGUUUUUGGAUCCAUGUUUAUUAAGACCUUUUUUACUUGUUUUGAUAAGUACUGUAUACAUACUCCUAAAGUUUUCUCCAACUUUCUUGUACAUCCUGUAUUUAUAAACCUUUAUAAUACUUUUUAUGGUGCUGAUACUUUGCCUAGAAGAAAAUUUGCUUACAAUUAGUCAAUUUAGUUUAAUAGAUUCCAUUACAAAGUGGUUCUCAUUAUUGCUUAAACACUAUUACAUAUUUGAUGAGCUUUUAUCUUUCUAUAUUCUGUUUCAUUUUAUAUAUUCUUAACAUAUUAUAUAUGUAUAUGUAUAGUUGAAAAUGCCUACAAAGUACAAGUUGCUUACAAUAGGAAGGCAAUCCUAUCAGGUUGUUUGUGUCUUUUACGUUUGCAAAGUAAUAAAUUAUUUAUCUUAUCUACUAAAACAAAAUAUAUUUUAGGUAUUAACAAAAAGGUAGUACAUGUAAGUAGAGAAAUUAUGAUUGAUCAUAUAUAUCUUUUUAGCAUUGAAAUAAAUAUAUUUGUAGUUAUUCUUUUUCGAUAAUUAAUAGUUAAUUAGUGAUAUUGAUUAACUAUUAAUCUUUGACAUCAGUGGAAUGUAUACUGUAACGAUAAGCGAACAACGAUAGUUGUCUAAAGAUGAAAUUGUGCACAUAUUUUUGUUACAAAAAUUGCUUUUUCUUGCUAUAUCGAUAAUAAUUAAUCAAUUUAAUAACGAAUUAUUUAGAUCAGAAUAAAUUCCAAAGUAAAUAGUAAUAUACAUUACCAUUCGAAAAUUGCCUACUUUUUGAUAUUAACGAAUGUGUUCUUAAUUUAGAUAUAUUAGUCAUAAUAGUUAUAGAAGUUUAGUUUAGAUACAAGGAUAAGGUUACUUUCUCGUUUUCAGAAUAUUUAUCAAUAUAUCUUUGUGAUUAUUGUUUAUGUAUAUUGUGUAUAACGGGUAAUUACAAAAUAUUGUUAUAGCUUUGCAGUGUUUUGCACAUUUAUUUAAAUAUCGUGAUUAAAUAAAUGAGGAACAUUCAAGAUUAUACAUAUAAAUUAUAUCAGCGAAAGGAACAUAUCAUACACAACGUUCGCGAUACGUUUCUUAAAAAUAAAAAUAAUUAUAAAAGAAAUAGGGAAUGUAUAAUAUAAUUAUUGGCAGUUUUGAAGAGCAGUGCUCUUGUUAAGGAACAAGGUCACAACAAAGUGCCUACAUACAAUGCGAAUUAUUUUCGUUAAUAUCUCAUUGACUUAAUGUUAUUAUAAUAUACGAAUUGAUUCGACAGGUGAUAAUAGAUAUUGUAUAAGACUUUAAGAACCUUUUACGGAUACCAAUAAUGAAGUAACUAAUUUGAAAAUUAGUUUAUUUCAAAGUAAAAACUAUCAAUAGUUGGCACUAUUCAUUGUUUUAUUCUAUUAGAGAGAAGAAGAAAUAUUUCAGGAUUAUAGAAAUAUAAUAACUUAAUUUAGUCUAGUAUCAUCCUCUCUACUUGUAUGUUCCAUAUUUCAUAUUUCAAAACCAAAUUAAUAUUUGGAUUACUUCAGAGACUUUUAUUUCAUUUUAUUUCUGUAUAAUGAUAACAUUGUACACAAUAAACGUUUAUUAUCGUAUUAUCUAGAAUUUAGUAGAACUCUUGUUGAAUAUAUACAACUUUGACUUUGUUUCUGUAGUAAUUGAAAUAUUCAUUAGUUCAAUGCUUUAUACUAACUAACUAGAGUGAUAACUGCUACACCGACAAUUUUAUAUUUCUGCGUAUAUUAUACAAUUAAGGAAACAAAUUGACUUUUUAAUGUUUAAAAGUAACUCUUACUGAAAGUACUUACUGAAAUUACCUGUUAGUAUUUAUUUAUUCUUGUCAUAUCAAACAUUUGUGAUCAUAUCUCGUAAUAUCAUUGUUAAUAAUGCGGCCUAUAAUAUAAAAUUAUAUUUUUAAUAGUUGCUAAUUUAUUGUAUUAAUUUUAAAUGAGAUUCUAAUUUAUUUUAUUCUUGUGUACCUUUUGUAAAAAUUAGAUCGACCUAACAUUUAUAUUGUAUUCGAAACAUAUUAGGAAUAUUAUGAACGAAAUGUAAUAUCGUAUUUGAAAUUGUGGUUGAUGGAACAUGUAUAAAGAAAAUAAAAUUUACACGAAA